GAAGUAGGAUGGUAAAAGAUUCACCAUAUAUCCAGUUCCUCUUUAUUCCCAUUGAGCCAUCAUUCAUUCCACUCCUGGAUUCUUACAAGGUCACUCUUUAAAAUAUAUGAACACUCUUUUCCCUUAAUCAUUGCCAGUUCUACUUUGAUUUCUGCUUGUGUUAACCCUCUAUACUAAUCUUUCUAGUACGCUCCUUAUUUGAAGCAUAAUAGGGAAAGAAGAUGAAGUCUGCAUCUAUCCUCCCUUUUCUGUGCGUUUUGGCUGCUGCGGCACCUGCGUUUAGUAUUCCUGGAAGAGAAGUCGAUGUUCAUCGACGACAGAGUACUGAUGAUGAUGGGCUGGGUGAUCUUCUCGGUGGAGUGAGAGCGCGUCAAUCUUCUGACGAUGACGAUGAUGAUGAUGGGCUUGGGGGCCUUCUCGGUGGAUUGAGAGCUCGCCAAUCUUCUGACGACGACGACGCUGGUCUGGACGAUGUCCUCGGCGGCUUAAAAAGACGCCAAUCAUCCAACACCCCCAACGACUUCGGCAAUGUCCUCAGCGACCUCCCAACUCGCCAAAACUCCGAUUCUGACAACAACUCCAACGACGACUCCCUCGGCAACAUCCUCGACGACUCUUCUCUUUCAGUCGACGGAAACGGACAAAACGUCGACAUCGCAGAUCUGGGUAGCCUUCUACGCCGUCAACUCCUCCCAGCACCAAGCACAAGCUCUACCUCCGGUAACAACGACAACUCAGACCAACUCGCUAACGUUCUUGACGGCUCAGCAGCAGACAUAAACCGAAACGCGCAAAACGUUUCCGUCGCAAGACGACAAUUCCCUUCCAAAUCUGAGAAUGGGAACGGAAACGGGGAUGAUAAUGAAAGUCUUUUGAAUGUUCUUGACGGUGAUACCGGCGACGUAAAUCGUAAUAUUCAGAACAUUACCGUCCUGCGUCGUACGUCGUCGAAACAAUCCGUGGGGAAAAGGGGGUGGUUAUCCGCUCUCUUAGGGCGGGAUACUCCUUCUACCACGAAUAACGGUAACGGCAACGGGGACAAUGACGAGUCUCUGGCCAAUGUACUUGAUGGCUCCGCUGCUGCGGUUGAUGAUAAUGUGCAGGGCGUCAGCGUCUUGCGUAGACAAGCCUCCUCAUCCUCUGCAACACCAUCACCGACUCCAUCUGCUUCCGCAGCACCUAUAGUCCAAGACCCAACACUCAACGCGGCCAACGACAACGACAACAACAACGCCUCAAACAACGACGCCCUCCUAAACGCAGCCGACGACUCAUCGGCGGACGUGAGUAAAAACCUGCAAAACAUCACCAUCCUGAAACAUCGCCGACAGAAUGCCGGGGACAAGAACGGGGAUGUGGAUGAUGACGAUACGCUGGGUAAUAUAGUUGAUGGCUCUGCUGUGAAGGCUGAUGGAAAUGCAGAGGGAGUUGAUGUUGGUGAUAUCCUGUAACCUCCUUAUUUCUCCAGACUCGGAAGACGGGGUGGAGGGGGAUGGUGGUGGUAGUGAAGUAAUUCGAUUUAAUACCUGUACUAUCUAGUAACUUUAUAUAGUCAAUGAUUCUUCCUUAUUAAUAGAAUUUGUAAUAUCUU